ACGGACGCAUUCUCUUACUAAAAUGGCAAAAUAGUCCUCGAGAGGAUCCUUCAAUCAGAAAAAAUAAAUAAAAUGAAAUAAAGUUCCUGAUUUAGAGAUGAUUAGGUAGACCCGGUCUACAACGCCCACCACUUGCAGAUCAUGCACCCAAAAUUACUGAAUUCCACCGCCGGCUCCGCCGCCGCGACCUCCUCCUCCUCCACCGCCUCCGUGGGAAACCAAAAUCCUGUUCCCAUUGCAGAUAGAGAUGCUGAAUCGGCCAGAAACAAUUGGUUCUUCGGAUUAUGACGGUGUUUUGAAAUUGUUGGUGCCGCUUAAGAGAUGGAAAAUCCUGGAUUUGACCUGGAACAGCGUGAAGCGGUUUCUGGAGAUAGUGACGAAGAAGGGGUUGUGCGUCUUCGUUCUGGGGGAGAAGUGGUUGAUGUGAAUGAGGGGCAAGAUGAUGCUCAUAUUCUUGAGUUAGAAAAGAAAUUAUUAGAGCAAGUUGUGUAUAGUGAGGAAGAAGCAUACAUGUUGUACUGUGAUUAUGCACAAGCCAUGGGUUUCAAUGUCCGAAGGGGAAAACAAUACUACUUCAUGGGAACCAAAAGGGUAAGGUCAAAAACUUACUGCUGCUCGAAGGAAGGGGUCAAGGAUGAUAAAGCAGAUACCAACGCUGUUGGUUACAAAAAGCCCGAAACAAGAACAGGAUGCAGAGCAAUGAUAUCUUUUGCAUGCGACGAUAGUGGUCAAUGGAAGGUCUCGAGAUUUGUAAAGGAACACAAUCAUGAAAUGGCCCCACCAUAUGCAAAGCCCUUAGUGAAGUCGGGCCAAGCGAUUUUAGCUGCAAAUGUUUAUGGAAGUGGCGGUGCUCUAGAGUCACUGAGCGAACAUGAAAAAAUUAGGGAACUCUCCUUACAAUUAGCAAUUGCAAAAAAUCGAGCCGAAACUUUUGAAAGGCAAGCUGCUACCUACAAAAGGCAACUGCAUAUGAUUGUUGGGCAUAUCGAAGAGCAUAAUCAGUCCUUGGCAAAGAAGCUUCAAAAAGCUUUACACAAUGUCAAGGAGUUGGAAUCCAAAGAUCGACUGAAGUCGUAGAGUAGAGUUUCCUUUUCUUCAGAAAAGUCAGGAUCCCGGCUCAAUGACAUACGUUUUUCAAACAUUGUUUCCAGAUAGUUUGCGUGUAGUGAAGCUAACCCUAGAAAGGGCUAUCGAUGUGGAAGCUGUGGAUGUAGCACGCAAAGGCCACCACAGCCUCUCAGUCUGUAUUAUUUGUACAGAUGUGCACAUUAUAGUAACAUUAGUAGCUGAAUUUGUUGCUGAUGCAAUUUCAUUACUUCUCUGUAGGCCUUGAUGAAAUUGAUUCUGAAAUUCAGAAUUGUAGUUGAUCCUCA